GUGUCUCCAAACCAGGCUGCAAGCUCUUGAGAGAACGCAGGCCCUCCUAAAGGGCAGAGCGAGGCCUACUCCAGAGGCAGCCCGCGGAGGCGACAGGAGGAGGGGAAGAAAGCAAACCCGCCCCUCUUUCCAGCCCCUCCGCGGUGACCCCUCUUUUCCCUCCCAAGGCAGGGCCUCAGCCCGCACCGCCCCAAGCUCCGCUGCCGCCGCCGCCUCCGACUCACCUGCCCCCCUCUCCGCUCCAGAGCCGGCUCGGCGUCCAAGCUGCCCGGCUAGCGCCUGACGCGCGCGGGCUGGAAACGCACAGCAGGCCGAGCCUCUAAAGCAGCUCUCGGCUUCCCGGCGCUGAAACGAAACCUCGCGGGCGACGUCCCGCCGGGCCGCCUCACAGCUCCGCGGCCUUCCCCGCCGCUUCCGGCAUCAGGCGCCGGUGUCGGCUGCAAAAAAGAAGGAAGGAGGGGGGGACUUGCCGGGAGGUCCCAGCGCGGGUUUGCAACAUGGCAGCGCCCACCCGGGCUCAGGUGUUGCGGCUCUACCGGGCCCUGCUGAGGGAGAGCGAGAAGUUCACCUCCUACGGCUACAGGACAUACGCCAUCAGAAGAAUAAGAGAUGCCUUCAGAGAAAACAAAAACCUGAAGGAUUCAUCAAAAAUCGAAGCACUAGUGAACAGUGCAAAAUCAAAUCUGGAAAUGAUACACCGACAGGUCACCAUUGGACAGCUCUAUUCAGCACAGAAGCUUGUGAUUGAGUGCCCAGAAAAACUCUGACCAACAGUUCCCUUCUCCUGUAGCAGCAUUGGACCAGCCUCAGUAUUCUACAAUACGCACAGAUUUUUAUUUGAACGCAUUAUGCUGUUGAUACAUGUCUGAGCUGCCUUGCUUAACUAAAACUCUGAACUGGUUGCUGAAUCUUAACAACCUCAGGGUUCUAGAAUUUCUUUUAAUUGUAUGUGUGCCCUCAAUAGAGCACCAAAACAAAUGUGUAUAAAUUAUGUUCGUAAGUAUAACUGCUUGCUAGCGUCUUCGUACACAAUGUUGUCACUUUUCACUACAAUAAAAUUCUGCAGUCCAAGUCUA